UUUUAACAGUAUCAGAAAUGCCGAAAAAAAAUCAGGUGGGGCCAUGAAAUUUAGCUUUUUAGGGCACCAAAACGCUUCAUUGUACUGCGGGCUUCAGAAACCUGUAAAAUAUACCUGUUUAUUAAGUAGUGGAUUUGGGAAAAAAUAUGAUUAAUAUACACCCCUGUCAGAUUUUUUAAAACUUUAUUAAUAGAUGAACUUUAUAGUAAGAAUUGAACCGCUGUGCACGCGCUCAUAUCUUUAUACAAAGCACCAAGUAAUAAUAGAACAUUCUAGAGAAAAAUGGAACCUACGGAAUAUGAAUUCCUGGCUGAGAAUCAAACUGUCGAGAUCAAUCCUAAAUUCACACACGGGGUUAUGACAUUCAUUCAGGGAGAUGUAGGACCCUUUAAGGCUGGUCGACCCAUGAAUGUGCCUCUGUGGCAGGCCGUUAUGCUUAGACAAAGUGAUAAAUGUAUGAUAGUCACCCCGGAGUGGAUGGAUUUGGAAAGACUUACCGAGUGCAAGGAAGAUGAGAGGGAGAGUGCUGUGUUUACUCAAUUACCAGCUGAAAAUAUGUUCGAGAUAUCAAAUAUUUUACUAGAUGUGACCUCUGAAAGUAUUAAAAACUCUGACAAAAUACGGUCAACUCUCAGGGAUAUCUGGGAUAUAAGACAGUCUAAGCUGAGAAAGUCUGUGGAUGCGUUGAUACAGGGAGAAUACCUUCACGCUAAGAUCAAUCAUCUUCAAUCCUUAGAACUAUCCGCCUUCAGACCGAUCCUCCCUCAUGCAGUUGACCAGCUUCAAAGAAUGAAGGUGUGUACCGAAGCUGCGGCUAGAACUGCCUCUGUAUCCCUGAACACGAGCUCCUUCUCAAGAACAUAAAUCAUCUUCUGUGACAUUUUAGUGCCUUACAUAUGUCUGAAGUUCACAACUAUAAUCUUUUCAUUUUUUCUACCAAGACAAUCUACAAAAUAUUAUUUUUUCAUUAUGGUGGUGAUUUGUCACAAUGUCUUUAGAAUGUACUUUCAAUCUCACUUUUAACUUGAAAAUUCCCUAUGUUCCAAUUGAAAUAAAAAAUAUUGAAAUUU